CCAUUCAACAAUUAUGGAGAUCAAUAUCGAAAAUGAAAUUGUACCUCAAAACAUCAAAAAUGAACAAAAUACUCCUCUUCUUGAAAAAACACUUCUUCCCGAACCCAUUGAGAAAACAUUGAUCCAAAAAGCCAUAAGCCAAACGUUCCAAAGCACAGCUCACUUAGCCAAUCUUUUACCCACUGGCUCGGUUCUUGCUUUUCAAAUACUUUCGCCGAUUUUCACAGACCAGGGCCAAUGUGACCCUGUCGGCCGGGCCUUGACUGCUUCACUUGUAGCUCUUUGUGGUCUGUCUUGUUUCCUAUUGAGUUUCACCGAUAGCUUCACGGACCAAGAAGGUAAUGUAUGCUAUGGAAUUGCAACAACCCGUGGGUUGUGGGUCAUUGACGGGACUAGAAAUUUGCCAACGGAACUUCAAGCUAAAUACAAGUUGAGAUUUAUUGAUUUUAUGCAUGCCUUCAUGUCGGUUAUGGUUUUUGCCGCAGUGACUUUAUUUGAUCAAGAUGUCGUGAACUGCUUUUAUCCGUCGCCAUCUGAUGAAACGCAAGAGCUUCUAACGACACUUCCUGUUGGAUUUGGAGUCGUUUUUAGUAUGCUUUUUGUUGCUUUCCCUACACAACGCCAUGGAAUUGGGUUUCCCGUUAGCACCAAUUGAUUGUAAUUUGUAUAACACGACGACAAUAAUAAUACUAACAACUUAUAAUUGUUAUUUGUGAUA